CCCGGGCAUCGAUCAAUGCUAUCAAGAAGAGCGAUCCUGACGAAUCCAGACCUCCUGUCCAGCACACCGUGGUCAAAGCUGUUGGAGAACGAUUUCUGGGGCACGCCGUUGAGCGAUCGAGGCUCUCACGGGAGCUACAGGCCCCUCUGCGUGGCCACGUUUCGCCUGAAUCAUCUGUUGGGAGGGCUCGAGCCUUGGGGCUAUCAUUUGGUGAACGUCGCGUUGCACGCCGCCUGCACCGUGCUAGUGGUCAGAGUGGCCAGAAAGGUGCUGCCGGGAAGGAACAGCCUGGGCCACGCGAUCACCGGCUUCCUGUUCGCGGCGCAUCCGAUCCACAGCGAGGCGGUGGCCGGUGUGGUCGGUCGCGCCGACCUCCUCGCCUGCCUCUUCACCCUGCUGGCGUUCCUCGCGUACAGCGCCCACUGCCAGCGCGCCAGGUCGCCGUUUCCCUUGAUCCUGGCCCUCGUCUCCUCCACCCUGGCCACCCUCGCCAAGGAAACGGGGAUAUCCUCGCUGGCCCUUUGUCUUCUGUGGGAGUUGUGCCGCGGCGAGUCGAGUCGAAAGGUGAAUUGCGGCCUCGUGACUCGGACGCGCAGCAUCGGCAUUCUUUCGGGAAGGAACACCGACUGGUUCGACGAGGAGAGUUUGUACAGAUCGGCGUUGCACGUCAACCCGCCCAAAGCUUAUGGUAAUUUGGGCAGCGUGCUGAGCGCCCAGGGACGCGUGGCGGAGGCGGAGGAGGCGUUCGUCCAGGCGCUUCGUUAUCGACCGAACAUGGCGGACGUGCACUACAAUCUGGGAAUAUUGCAGCAGGGCAGGAGGAAUUACGAAGAGGCGAUUCUCAGUUAUCAGCGGGCGAUCCAUUUCCGGCCCUCGUUGGCUCAGGCUUACGUGAAUCUGGGCGCGGCACUGGCCUCGGUCGGACGUGGAACGGAAGCGGCUGCGGUUUUGCGGGCCGGCGCAUCCUUGGACGGUUCCGGGCUCAAGGACAAGAGGGCUCACGAGGCGGCCAGGGUGCAGGCUCUCCUUCAAUUAGGCGCCCUCUACGCCGAUCAGGGCAGAUUACAAAGGGCCCUGUCCGCGUACAGAGAGGCACUUCACGCCCUCCCGGAUCACUAUCCACCUCAGAGCGUUUACAAUCUGCUGGGGGAAACUCUGUCGAGGCUGCAACAGUACGCGGAGGCGGAAAGGUGGUUCCAGGCGAGUUUGGCCAGCCAGCCUGACCACGUGCCGGCCCACAUCACUUACGGGAAACUUUUGGCCCGAAACUCGAGCCGCGUGCUGGAGGCCGAGAGGUGGUUCCUGAGAGCCCGUAGAUUGGCGCCGGACGACUCGAGCGUGCACCAUCAUUACGGACUGUUCCUGACGUCCCAGGGUCGGCUAUCGGAGGCGGCCGAGGAGCAACUGCGGGCCGCGGAGUGCCGCGGCGCGGUUACCUACCUUUAUCCCGCGAAGAACUCGCUUCGUUAUCUUUAA